AGAGCUGAGCUCCAACACAGCCUCAGCCCUCCAGACCCUCCCGGGGGACGCGCGGUGCAACCAAGCCUACAGCGGUGUCCGCGCGCCGUUGCGCAGCCCUCCGGCCUUCCCAUUGGCGGGCGGCGCCAUCUGCGCUCGCCUCGCCCUGGCGCUGGCGGGCGGAGGCCCGGGCGGGGUAGGCCGCGCUCGCGGCGGGCUGUGGCCGCAGCCUUGCGCGGCUGCUGACGAGGAGCGGGGCGCGGGGCGGGAGGAGGCAGGCCCAUGCGGGGCGGCGGCGGGCGGCGGGCGGCGGCGGGGCCGGGUGCCCAGGGCGGCCCUAUGGGACCCGCCCGGCCGGCUCCCGCGUGCCCUGCCUGGCCCAGCAGUCCGGCCUGCGGGCGGGGAUGCGCGGUGUGGUCCAGCUCCCCGCCGCCCUGCGGGGCCCUGAGGCAGAAAGUUUGGGGGUCGGGAGCGGCCCCCCUCCCGCGCCAGUGACUGCCUAAGGACCGCUGCAGCCCGGCUUCGCCCGCGACCUGCCUCCGCUCCCCAGGUCGGAAUGAACUAUCCUAAGGCUCCCCCUCUUCGCCCCUCCCUCAUCCUCCUUUAAAAAGAUAAUUUCUUAAAUUCAAGAACUCGUGAUCUGCCUACUCCCCUCGUCCAUAAUUUAAACCCCAGGUCUUUUGAGUGCAAGAGGGGGGUGCGGUCUCUCCCCAAGAUAGCACGCUAGAAGGACAGAUUCCCCUUGCCGACCCACUUACACCAUGAAGAGGUGCAAAUCGGACGAGCUGCAGCAACAGCAGGGCGAGGAGGAUGGGGCUGGGAUGGAAGACGCUGCUUGCCUUCUGCCAGGCGCGGACCUCCGGCAUGGGGAGGCCUCGAGUGCUAACUCCGCUGGCGGGCCAACUUCAGAUGCUGGCGCUGCGGUGGCACCCAACCCGGGUCCCCGAAGCAAGCCUCCUGAUUUAAAGAAAAUCCAGCAGCUCUCAGAGGGCUCCAUGUUUGGCCACGGCCUGAAGCACCUGUUUCACAGCCGCCGCAGGUCACGGGAGAGGGAGCACCAGGCGUCUCAGGAGGCCCAGCAGCAGCAGCAACAGCAGGGCCUAUCCGAUCAGGACUCCCCAGAUGAGAAGGAACGCUCCCCGGAGAUGCACCGCGUCUCCUAUGCUGUGUCCCUGCACGACCUGCCUGCCCGACCUACUGCUUUCAACCGGGUGUUACAGCAAAUCCGCUCCAGGCCCUCCAUCAAGCGGGGCGCCAGCCUGCACAGCAGUGGCGGGAGCGGUGGUCGCCGUGCCAAGAGCAGCUCCCUGGAGCCACAGCGUGGCAGUCCUCACCUGCUUCGUAAGGCCCCCCAGGACAGCAGCCUGGCCGCCAUCCUGCACCAGCACCAGGGCCGACCCCGUUCCUCCUCUACCACCGACACCGCCUUGCUCCUGGCCGAUGGCAGCAGUGCGUACCUCCUGGCUGAGGAAGCAGAGAGCAUCGGGGACAAGGGUGACAAGGGAGAUCUUGUGGCCCUGAGCCUCCCCUCUGGCCCUGGCCAUGGUGACUCUGAUGGACCCAUCAGCCUGGAUGUGCCAGAUGGAGCACCGGACCCCCAGCGAACUAAGGCUGCCAUCGAACACCUGCACCAAAAGAUCUUGAAGAUCACUGAGCAGAUCAAGAUCGAGCAGGAGGCGCGGGAUGAUAACGUGGCAGAGUACCUGAAGCUGGCCAACAAUGCGGACAAGCAGCAGGUGUCGCGCAUCAAGCAGGUGUUUGAAAAGAAGAACCAGAAGUCCGCCCAGACCAUCGCCCAGCUGCACAAAAAACUGGAGCACUACCGUCGGCGCCUGAAGGAAAUCGAGCAGAAUGGGCCCUCGCGGCAGCCCAAGGAUGUGCUACGCGAUAUGCAGCAAGGGCUGAAGGAUGUGGGCGCCAACAUGCGUGCCGGCAUUAGUGGCUUCGGGGGUGGUGUGGUGGAGGGUGUCAAGGGCAGUCUUUCCGGCCUCUCGCAAGCUACCCACACUGCGGUGGUGUCCAAGCCCCGGGAGUUCGCCAGCCUCAUUCGCAACAAGUUCGGCAGUGCCGACAACAUCGCCCACCUGAAGGACCCCAUGGAAGAUGGACCCCCUGAAGAGGCAGCCCGGGCGCUGAGUGGCAGUGCCACACUGGUGUCCAGCCCCAAGUACGGCAGUGACGAUGAAUGCUCGAGUGCCAGUGCCAGCUCAGCUGGGGCAGGCAGCAACUCUGGGGCUGGGCCAGGAGGUGCACUGGGAAGCCCGAGAUCCAACACUCUUUAUGGUGCCCCUGGAAAUCUGGACACUCUGCUGGAGGAACUGCGGGAGAUAAAGGAGGGCCAGUCACACCUGGAGGACUCCAUGGAGGACUUGAAGACUCAGCUGCAGAGGGACUACACCUACAUGACCCAGUGCCUGCAAGAAGAGCGCUACAGGUAUGAGAGGCUGGAGGAACAGCUGAACGACCUGACUGAGCUUCACCAGAAUGAAAUGACCAACCUAAAGCAGGAGCUGGCCAGCAUGGAGGAGAAGGUGGCCUACCAGUCCUACGAGAGGGCCCGGGAUAUCCAGGCACAGGGUACAGGUGACAGUGUGGAGGUGGACACAUCACAUGGAACACGACGAGCAGAAACAUAUCCAUGGGGCCAAUUGGUACAGGAAGCCAAAGAGGGGAGUGUUCGUGGGGUAGAGAUAAGAGCAACGAGGCCGUGGAGUCCUGCCUGACCCGAGUCACCAAGCUGGAACUGCAGCAGCAGCAGCAGCAAGUGGUGCAGUUAGAAGGUGUGGAGAACGCCAACGCGCGCGCCCUGCUGGGCAAGUUCAUCAACGUGAUCCUGGCACUCAUGGCCGUGCUGCUGGUGUUUGUGUCCACCAUUGCCAACUUCAUCACCCCCCUCAUGAAGACGCGCCUCCGGAUCACCAGCACCGCCCUCCUGCUCCUCGUCCUCUUCCUACUGUGGAAGCACUGGGCCUCCCUCACCUACCUCCUGGAGCAUGUGCUGCUGCCCAGCUGAGCGGCUGCCGCCCCACCCUGUGCUCUCCGGAUCCCACUAGCCACAGGCAUCUCCAGGAGGGCCCGGGGCUCCUGCGUCCCUCGGGGUCUGUCAUGUGACCUGUUUGGCCCCUAACUGUCCCUUCUUUUCACUGCUUCUGUCUGACACCAUCUCCCUUUCGGCCUGAAGGUUUCAGAGAGGGUGCUCUGGGCUGGAGGGAGCAGGGACACUCUCAGCCAAAUGGAGCAGUGGGGAGACACCAGGGCUGCAUUAUUUGAAUUAUUUUGCAGCCACAUGGGACUUUUCUGGGUUGACAAGAGGAUGCUCUAGUCAUGUAAGCCACUAAGAUAGAAGGCCAGUCUCAGUUUCCCUAGGGAAGAGCCCAUCCUGGAGGCAGCCACAGUUUCCUCCCAUGGAGAUGGUCUGGAUAAAAGCCAGUGGGAGGCCCUGCUGAGCCUAGAGAGUGCAGAAAGGGGAGGGUCCCCAGCCUUGGGGCCAGAGGGCAGGCUUGGCACAGCCACUGGGAGCUCAGCCUCCCCUCCUCCUGCUUCUCCUUCCACUUGAGCUGGUUUGAGACUGGUUUCUGGAGGCUGUGGGGUGUAACUUUGGGUUUGUAUUUUUUCUGCUCAUCUUUCUGCCUGUCACCGGGUGUGCUGUUUUUCUGAAAAAAAAACAGGCCCCAAGGGCCCUGAGCCUCCAGCCCAAACCCUUAGACCUCUGGGAUCACGUUGAGUUCUAUUUAUUUAUUUACUUAUUUAUUUAUUUGUACCCACCCUUCCCUCACUUCUGCCCAGCUGGGCUCCAGAGAGAGGACCCUGCCCAUCCUCCUUUUGAAGCCAGGACUUAUUCUUGGUUCAUCAUACUCCAGACCAUGUAUCCUCUGGUGUCCUGGCUGGAAGAAGGGGCGUGUGGCCAUGCAGCCCGCUCUCCCAAGCUGUCCCAGCAAAUGGGCAGGAGGGGCAUGGCCUCUUUUAUAUAUAUAUAUCUAUUUAUUUUAUAUGUGUGUUUGUGAGGAAGAGGAUAUUUGUCAUUUCCUUAAGGCUCUGGAGUGUUGUGUUCGAUUCUGCACAGCCCAGCCUCCCCGAGGGCCUUUCCAAGCACAGUGGGGAUUUCUUAGAACAGGAGAGAGGAAUCCAUGAAGCAGGAGAAGCAGUGCCUGCCAGCUGUGGUGGACCUUCCUAAGAAAUAAAUAUCCUUUAUGUUUUCAAACCA